CUGCCGCUUUAACCAAACAAGCUGCUCGGCAAAUAAAAGCCAGCAAAUCGCCCGGUUCUAAAUUUGACAUCAAUUGAAAUUUGACACAUUCUACGAAUUCAUCACCGUCACCAUGUCUGCCAACCUCGAUACUAUUUCCUAUGUCCUUGCGACUCUUACUGCCGGCGGCGGUAUCAUGGGAUAUGCCCGCACCAAGUCUCUUCCCUCUAUUAUUGCCGGCUCAGCCGUCGGUAUCCUCUACGGUAUUGGAGGUUACAGAAUCCAGAACCGCGAGCCUUACGGUGUAGAGCUCAGCUUGUUGGCAUCUAUUGUCCUUGGUGGCUCUGCGAUUCCCCGCGCCAUCCGCCUCAAGAAGCCCGUGCCUAUUGUUCUCAGCAUUAUUUCGACCUUUGGCAUGUUCACUUAUGGCAAGGCCUACAAGAACCAGCUGUAAACAAUAAUUUCAUGAGUUUAGAGUGUAAUAUAUUCCCCAGCAAAUAGAACUAGGGACGUUUCUGCGCAAUACCAACGCUUCAAGAUCGCACCAGUGGCCGAUUCCCAUAUAAUAAUACUAACCGUUGCUAUCCAAAUCAAAUCCUAAACUCCAGAGUAUUUCGUAGACUAAAUGCAUUUUGUAUUGUACAUGCCUUCGGACGGCCUCGCUCGAUUGUCUCAUGGCGUGACGUCCCGUCGCAGGCUUUGGUCGGAGAUGUUCAGAAACCGGCCUCCUCUUGCUGGCGCUUGAUUCUAUCACGCCUUUCCUUGGCUUUCGCUCUGUUUUCGGAUUGGAUUUUCGUUCGCUCGGCGCGCAGGCAUUGGUUGACCUUCUCCUUAAUGUCAUUGCAGCCGCCAGUCGC